CGCGCAUUUGACACCAAAUCCUCUAGAUUACUGGACCCCGUGCCUCGCCAAGGGAAAGAAGAUUGUCUUACUAUACCAACGGUGUUUUUAUUCGCUAUAUAUAAAUUCAAGUGACUUUGGGGGAUCGAAUAUAACAUUUCAUGGCAUAGAAUUCUUUGGAAGGGUCGUUUCUGUACCUUCACUGUCUGCUCUUUGGUUGAGGAAAGAGCCCUGCCGCUUGCGUUGUCAGGCCAAUGUGGGUUGUUCUGGAACAACAGCAGCUUCCCGUGAUUACUUUGCACUGUGAAAGUCUAUUCUUUGGACGGAAAUACAAUGCCAGGAGACAUCAAAGUGAAUAUUGGUUGGUGUAAGAAUCAACAAUAGGCCAUGAUCUCGGUUGAACUUCAUUUUGUUUUGGGGUAACUGUGAUAUCGUUGCCAUAAUACCGGGUUGAUCAUCAAUGAUUUCAGUUGAACAGUAUUUGAAAUCAUUCUGAAUUGUUAUAAUACUGUAACAUAUUGAAUAUGCCACCUCAGAGUCUGCUUGACUCAGAAGAACACACCGAGGGACCUAAGUCAACACAACCAUUCAAGUCCUACGCUGUAGAACGCACGGAUGAUCUUUGUAUUGCUGGAUAUUCAUUCCUUUGUCAACUGUCUAUCGGAAGACGGCAGGCUUGAAAAUGGCAUCCUUUUUCAAUUUCCGUAAAAUCUUUAAAUUGGGUGCAGAGAAGAAGAAGAAGCAGUACGAGCAUGUCCACAGAGACGAGAACCCAGAGGAGAUAUGGGAGAUCAUUGGCGAACUGGGGGAUGGAGCCUUUGGAAAAGUCUAUAAGGCCCAGAACAAGCUAACAGGCAUUCUGGCUGCAGCUAAAGUGAUCGAUACCAAGACGGAGGAGGAGCUGGAGGACUAUAUGGUAGAGAUCGAUAUCCUGGCCUCCUGCGACCAUCACAACAUAGUGAAGCUGCUGGACGCCUUCUACUACGACAGCAAGCUAUGGAUCCUGAUAGAGUUCUGUGCAGGUGGAGCGGUGGAUGCCGUCAUGCUGGAGCUAGAGAGGCCCCUGACGGAGCCCCAGAUCCGGGUGGUGUGUAAGCAGACCCUCCAGGCCCUCCUCUACCUCCACGACAACAAGGUGAUCCACAGAGACCUGAAGGCUGGGAACAUCCUGCUAUCCCUGAACGGAGACGUCAAACUGGCUGACUUUGGUGUGUCGGCCAAAAAUACCAAAACACUACAGAGGAGAGACUCUUUCAUCGGGACGCCAUACUGGAUGGCCCCGGAGGUGGUGAUGUGUGAGACGUUUAAGGACCGUCCGUACGACUACAAGGCUGACAUCUGGUCCCUGGGGGUGACUCUGAUCGAGAUGGCCCAGAUUGAGCCUCCCAACCACGAGAUGAACCCAAUGAGAGUCCUGCUGAAAAUAGCCAAGGCCGAUCCUCCUACCCUGAUGCAGCCGUCGCGCUGGUCUCCAGAGUUCAGUGAUUUCCUAAGAAAGUGUCUCGAUAAGAAUGUGGACAACAGAUGGAAUGUGGCACAACUUCUACAGCAUCCAUUUUUGAGUACUGUGACAGACAGCAGACCGCUGAGGGAGCUGAUCGCUGAAGCAAAGGCUGAGGUUUACGAGGAGAUUGAGGAACACAAGGAGGAAGAGGAGGAGGAGGACGGAGAGACACAACGGGGUCACAAACGUGCACCGUCCGAUGCCAGUGUUGCCAGCUCGGAGGAUGAGAAGCUCCCUCAGUCUCCCUCAGCCUCCAUCUUGGAGUCUUUACCGGAGAAGGCUGAACCGGUUAUCCCAACACCACAGAUUGUUGAAAAGAUCCCUGAACCAAGCGUUGUCAAGCCAGAGGAGAACCUGGUUGUGGACACUAGCUUCGUCGAGGAGCUUGCUGUCCCUGCAGAAGUGGAGAAAAUGGAUGAGACCCUUGGUGCUCCAAUAAAUGGAGAGACAACAGAAGCCAGUGAGAAACCAGUAGAGGUGAAGGAAGAGGAGGAGAAGGUUCCAGAAAUAACAGAGGUUUCCCCAACAGAACCCAGUGAGAUAGCUUCUUCAGAACCAGCUGAGAAACCAGCAGAGCCUCAACCAGAAGGAACCGUUUCCAAUGCUGUAGUCACCAUAGGUGACAAGGAGAUGGAACAACUGGCCAUAUCCAAUCAAGAUGAAAAGGAAGUGGACACAGCUGAGGUCCAGACGAAUGAGAUCACCACAGAAGGGUCAGAGGCCAAGGAAGAGCCAACAGAAGGCAAGAUAGAAGUUGAGGAGGAACCAGCCAACGAGGAGCCUAGCAAAGAAGCAAAGGUUACCGUGACAACCCCAGAGGAGACUAAGGUGGAAGACAAACUCACACCUGCAUCUUCAGCUGUCUGGAAAGAGGAGCAAGGAGAGAAAGAGAGAGUGGAGUAUAAGCCAACUGCGGAGACAGGGACUCCAGUGAAGUCUAAGGAUGAGAAGGAGAGGGAUUCGGACUCUGGGAGUAGUUCUGCUGCAGAUAACGGCAGCAUAGACAUGAACCUGUCCAUCUCCAGCUUCCUGACCAAAACCAAGGAGCCAGGACCCCUCUCCAUACAGGACACCAAGCGCCAGAAGAAGACACUGAAGAAGACCCGUAGGUUCGUGGUGGAUGGAGUCGAGGUUAGCGUGACGACGUCGAAGAUCAUCACCGACAAUGACACCAAGAACGAGGAGAUGAGGUUCCUCAGGCGUCAGGAGCUGAGGGAGCUGCGUUUCCUGCAAAAAGAGGAACAGAGGGCCCAGCAGCAGCUCAGCAAUAAACUGCAGCAGCAGAAAGAGCAGAUAUGCCGCCGCUUCGAACAGGAGACGACCAGUAAGAAGCGCCACUACGAUCAGGAAGUGGAGAACCUGGAGAGACAGCAGAAGCAGACCAUCGAGAGGCUGGAGCAGGAGCACACCAACCGGCUGAGGGACGAGGCCAAGCGCAUCAAGGCCGAGCAGGACAAGGAGCUGUCCAAGUUCCAGAACAUGCUCAAGAACCGCAAGAAAGAGGAGCAGGAGUUCCUGCAGAAACAGCAGCAGGAGCUGGACUGCGACCUGAAGAAGAUCAUCCAGCAACACAAACACGAGCUGGCCACCAUCGAGAGAGACUGUCUCAACCACAAACAACAGCUCCUCAGAGCACGGGAAGCAGCCAUGUGGGAGCUGGAAGAGCGCCACCUACAGGAGAAACACCAGUUGUUUAAACAACAGCUGAAAGACCAGUACUUCAUGCAGAGACACCAGCUGCUCAAGAGACACGAGAAGGAGAUGGAGCAGAUGCAGCGCUACAACCAGCGUCUGAUAGAGGAGAUGAAGAACAGGCAGACACAGGAGAGGGCCCGCUUACCCAAGAUCCAGCGCAGCGAUGCCAAGACGCGCAUGGCCAUGUUCAAGAAGAGCCUCCGAAUCACUGGGGGCCCCAUUACACCCGAGCAGGAGAGGGAGAAGGUCAAACAGUUUGCAGCCCAGGAGGAGAAGAGGCAGAAGAAUGAGAGGCUCCACCAGCACCAGAAACAUGAGAACCAGAUGAGAGACCUGCAGCUGCAGUGUGACGCCAACAUCAGGGAGCUGCAGCAGUUACAGAACGAGAAGUGCCACAUCCUGAUAGAGCAUGAGACCCAGAAGCUGAAGGAGCUGGAUGAAGAGCACAGCCAGGAGCUGAAGGAGUGGAGGGAGAAACUACGACCCAGGAAGAAGGCUCUGGAGGAAGAGUUUGCCAGGAAGCUUCAGGAGCAGGUGGUCUUCUUUAAGAUGAGUGGAGAGUCAGAGUGCCUUAACCCCUCAGCCCAGAGCCGCAUCUCCAAGUUCUACCCCAUCCCCAGUGUCCACUCCACUGGCUUCUAGGGGUUAACCUAUUCAUGACACUCCGGAUGGACAUGAACAUAUAUCCACACCCACAUAUUGAAGGCACACACAAUGAAUAGAUAUACACACUCUGGAUGGAUACACACACACACACACACACACACACACACACACACAC